AUGGGCUGCGUUUGCUGCAAAUCCUCCACCGGAGACAAACGGAAUCCCGAUGAAGCUUCUCCGAAAGGAAAGGCGGAGGAUUUGCCUUCUUCCACCACCACCACAACAACCAACACCGCCGUAUCUGUACCGGAAAUCGAUGACGGAGAGAGGAAGAAGAAGGAUUUGGGUUCGAUUCAGAUUCAAAACGCGAGAACGUGGCACACUGGCGACUUCAACGCUGGCUCUUCUCGCCGGCCGUUGGGGAUGAGCCUCCGUGUCCCUGACGGAUGGCCACCGUGGCUGAUUUCUGCUUGCGGCGACUCGAUCAAAGACUUAACUCCUCGCCGAGCCACCACUUACGAGAAGCUCGAGAAGAUUGGGCAAGGAACAUACAGUAAUGUGUACAAGGCGAAAGAUCUAUUAACAGGAAAAAUCGUAGCUUUGAAGAAAGUUAGAUUUGACAAUUUGGAAGCAGAGAGUGUUAAGUUCAUGGCCAGAGAGAUUCUUGUCCUGCGACGAUUAAACCAUCCUAAUGUGAUUAAGCUCGAAGGCUUAGUUACUUCGAGGGUUUCUUGUAGUCUCUACCUUGUCUUUGAGUACAUGGAGCAUGAUCUCUCUGGCCUUGCUGCUACUCAAGGUGUCAAGUUCGAUCUUUCUCAGGUGAAAUGCUUCAUGAAGCAGCUAUUAUCUGGUUUAGAGCAUUGUCAUAGUAGAGGAGUGUUACAUAGAGAUAUCAAAGGCUCUAAUCUACUGAUAGACAACGAUGGAAUACUAAAGAUUGCUGAUUUCGGUUUGGCUACCUUUUACGAUCCAAAGCAAAAGCAGUCGAUGACUAGCCGUGUGGUCACGCUCUGGUACCGUCCUCCUGAGCUUCUUCUUGGAGCUAACAACUAUGGAACUGGUGUUGAUCUUUGGAGUGCCGGUUGUAUUAUGGCUGAGCUUCUUGCUGGCAAGCCCGUUAUGCCAGGACGAACCGAGGUUGAACAACUUCAUAAGAUAUUUAAGUUAUGUGGCUCACCAUCAGAUUUGUACUGGAAGAAGUAUAAGUUGCCAAACGCGACUCUGUUUAAGCCGCAGCAUCCGUAUAAGCGUUGUGUGGCUGAAGCUUUCAAUGGUUUCACUCCAUCCUCUGUGCAACUAGUGGAGACACUUCUCGCUAUAGACCCUGAUGAUCGAGGAACUUCUACCUCUGCCUUGAGUAGUGAAUUCUUUACUACUGAACCGUUAGCUUGUGAUCCAUCAAGUUUACCAAAGUAUCCACCUUCCAAAGAGCUGAAUGUAAAGCUUAGAGAUGAAGAGGCAAGAAGGCAAAAGGGUCUUCCUGGAAAAGCUAGUGGUGUUGAAGGAGCUAGAAGAAUAAGGUAUCGUGGGGAUCGCACUGGUCGAGCUAUUCCAGCUCCAGAAGCUAAUGCUGAGAUUCAAUCAAACUUAGAUAGAUGGAAAGUGGCACCUCAGCAAACGCAGGGAAGAAGCAAGAGUGAGAAGUUCCCGCCUCCUCACCAGGACGGUGCGCUUGGAAACCAUCCAGUGGAAGAUGUGUCAAAGAAAGGAUCAGUGUUUGGUGCAAAGGCUGAGACUUCUUUCGGGUUAUCGAGAUCUUUCAAAGCAGGGGAAGGGACAUCUAUGAGAAAGAUUUCAAGGAAAGAUGGGUCUUCUUCAUCAAGAAAGUACAUAUGGGGACUUAAACCUCCUACAGCGCUUGGUCUAUCAAUGGACUUGCUUUUCAAGAGCAGAUCAGAAGUUUCUGGGGUCCGGAGAUAG